CUCUUCGCUUUGCACCAAUUCAUCUCAUUCCAGUUGCAGUUCGCCGUCUUCGAAUUUAGAGGAGAGAAGCCAAGAUGAGUCGUGGAGCAGGAGGUGCGGGAGCCAAGGGCGGAAAGAAGAAGGGAGCGACGUUCGUGAUUGAUUGCGGGAAGCCUGUUGAGGACAAGAUUAUGGAAAUCGCAUCGCUUGAGAAGUUCCUUCAGGAGAGAAUCAAGGUUGGCGGCAAGGCUGGUAAUCUCGGAGACUCUGUUACAAUUUCACGUGAAAAGAACAAGAUAUCCGUCACCUCCGAUAGCAACUUCUCCAAAAGGUAUUUGAAAUACCUAACAAAGAAGUACUUGAAGAAACACAAUGUGAGGGAUUGGCUUCGAGUGAUUGCUUCUAACAAAGACCGUAACGUGUACGAGUUACGUUAUUUCAACAUCGCUGAGAAUGAGGGCGAAGAAGAAGACUGAGCAGGAAUUCGACCUCGGUUUUAUGUUUUUUUGAUGGCUUGGCUUUUUAGACGUAUGUUAUAUCAGUCUUUUCUUCAUUCUUCCAUUCAGAACAGUAAUGUAAUAGAGUUUUUGAGUUUAGGUGCUUUUGCACUCAUCUUCAUUUCACUUCUAUGGGAUCAUUUUCUCACGAGAUUUUGAAUUUUCU